AUGACCAAAGAUAGAUUGGCCGCCCUGAAAGCGGCCCAGGGUGAUCAAGAUGAUGAUGAUGACUUCAGCGCUGUCAACCCUGUAUGUCAAGAUACAUUUAUGGAGAACUUCUUCGAACAGAUUGAAGAGAUCAGAAGAAUGGUUGAUAAGAUAUCAUCGAGCGUUGAAGAGGUCAAAAAGAAACACAGUGCAACACUCGCCUCACCUCAAUCUGAUGACAAAAUGAAAGAAGAGUUGGAAAACUGCAUGGCAGACAUUAAAACGAUUGCCAACAAAGUCAGGAACAAGCUGAAAGCCAUAGAGCAGGGCAUCAUAGCUGAUGAACAGUCCAAAAAAUUUUCUGCCGACCUCCGAAUCAGGCAGACUCAACACGCCACACUUUCGAGAAAGUUCGUCGAUGUCAUGAAUGACUACAACUCCUGCCAGAUAGACUACAGGUCCAGGUGCAAGGCGCGAAUUCAGAGACAGCUUGAAAUAACCGGUAGGACGACGACAGAUGAAGAUCUUGAGGAUAUGCUGGAGUCUGGAAAUCCCAAUAUAUUUACUCAAGGGAUUAUAACUGAGACCCAGCAAGCCAAACAGUCAUUGAAGGAUAUCGAAGCCAGACAUCAAGACAUCAUCAAACUUGAAAAUAGCAUCAGGGAGCUAAGGGAUAUGUUCCUCGAUAUGGCUAUGCUAGUCGAGAGUCAGGGCGAAAUGAUAGAACGAAUUGAAUACAACGUGGAGAAAUCAGUUGACUAUAUUGAGACUGCUAAAGCCGAUACAAAAAAGGCCGUCAAGUAUCAGAGUAAAGCUAGGAAGAAACUGAUGAUGAUCCUUAUCUGCCUACUUGUCGUCGUCGCAAUCCUCAUCAUAGCCAUCUCGACAAAAUUAUUCUGA